AUGUCCGUAUUCCGCCCCUCAGCACACGCCCUAAUAACAGGCGGCGCAUCCGGCGUCGGCUACGCCGUCGCCCGCCUCUGCCUCAACCACUCCAUGCGCGUCUCCAUCGUCGACUCCAGCCAAUCCUCCCUCGACCACGCGCGCAAAAACCUCUCGAAUUCCAACUCCGUAACAUUCAUCCAAGCCGACGUCUCCUCCCGCUCAGACUGGGCCUCAAUCCGCCAACAAGUCGGUCUCGACGUAGACUUUCUCAUGCUGAACGCAGGUGUUGGCGGAAAAGGUACCUGGGGCGACGAAGACUACUUUGACAAGAUUCUGGCUACGAAUCUGGGGGGUGUGGUGAAUGGGUUGAAUGCGUAUGUUCCGAGUUUCAAAGAAAGAAGUGAGAAGGAGGGGAAGGAGGAGGGGAUGGCGAUUGUAAUCACAGGGAGCAAACAGGGUAUUACGAAUCCGCCGGGUAAUCCAGCGUAUAAUGCUAGUAAAGCGGCUGUGAAGACGCUGGCUGAGCAUUUGAGUUAUGAUCUUAAGGAUACGGGUGUUGGGGUGCAUUUGUUGGUGCCGGGGUGGACUUUUACUGGGCUUUCUGGAAACGAGCCAGGCUCGACAAAAGCCAAACCGGAAGGUGCAUGGUCGGCUGAUCAGGUCGCUGAUUACAUGUAUGCCAAGAUGCAGGACAAAAAGUUCUACAUCAUCUGUCCUGACGACCAGGUAACGGAGGAGACGGAUAAGAAGCGCAUGUUGUGGAGUGUUGGAGAUAUCGUGAACGAGCGCCCACCCCUAACCCGAUGGCGAGAAGAGUACAAGGAGGAAGCUGAGAAGUGGAUGGCGGAGCAGAAAGUGUAG